AUGACCUUUUGGGUCAUCACAUGGUAUUGCAUAAUUAUUCUAAUUAUAUUGUUUGUCUUCAGUUUGACAGCUGUUAAUUCCCUUCUGGAGAAGUAUGCUGUUGAUCCAAAGCAAGUUGGUAGACUGGAAGUUGGAAGUGAGACUGUUAUCGAUAAAAGCAAAUCCAUCAAGACGUUCCUGAUGCAAAUAUUUGAGAAAUGUGGGAAUACUGACAUUGAAGGAGUUGACUCAACUAAUGCAUGCUAUGGUGGAACUGCUGCAUUGUUCAACUGUGUGAAUUGGGUGGAGAGCUCUUCAUGGGAUGGACGUUAUGGACUUGUUGUAUGCACAGAUAGUGCGGUCUAUGCUGAAGGACCUGCUAGGCCAACUGGAGGAGCUGCUGCCAUUGCUAUGCUAAUUGGGCCUAAUGCCCCUAUUGUUUUUGAAAGCAAGAUCAGGGCUAGCCAUAUGGCUCAUGUCUAUGAUUUUUACAAGCCUAUCCUAGACAGUGAAUAUCCAGUGGUUGAUGGCAAGCUUUCACAAACUUGUUAUCUCAUGGCACUUGAUGCUUGCUACAAGAGCUUAUGCAACAAAUAUGAGAAAUUGGAAGGCAAGCAGUUUUCGAUUGCUGAUGCAGCCUACUUUGUGUUCCAUUCACCGUACAACAAGCUUGUACAAAAGAGCUUUGCUCGGUUGCUUUUCAAUGACUUUUUGAGGAAUGCUUGCUCUAUCGAUAAAUCUGCCAAAGAAAAGCUUGCACCAUUUUUGUCCCUAAGUGGUGAUGAAAGCUACCAAAGCCGUGAUCUUGAGAAGACAUCCCAGCAAGUUGCAAAACCAUUUUACAAUGAGAAGGUGCAACCUACCACAUUAAUACCAAAACAAGUUGGCAACAUGUACACUGCUUCUCUAUAUGCUGCUUUUGCAUCACUCCUUCACAAUAAGCACAACACGUUGGCUGGACAGCGGGUAAUGUUGUUCUCCUAUGGUAGUGGAUCAACUGCAACAAUGUUCUCACUCAAGCUUAAUGAAGGUCAACAUCCUUUUAGCUUGUCAAACAUUGCAAGCGCGAUGAAUGUUGCAGAGAAGUUGAAAUCAAGACACGAGUUGGUUCCUGAAAAAUUCGUCGAAAUAAUGCAACUAAUGGAGCAUAGAUAUGGGGCCAAGGAUUUCGUCACAAGCAAAGAUUGUAGUCUUCUAGCUCCAGGAACUUACUACCUCACAGAGGUUGAUUCCAAGUACAGAAGAUUCUAUGCCAAGAAAGCUUCUGAGAAUGGACUGGUGAAUGGUCACUGAAGAUAGUCCCAGCACCUAAGUGUAACGCCACAAAUUUGCUUGUGCUCUUUUAGUUGUCAGUAUAGGGAAUAAUGUUCUAGUAAAGUUGUUUCUAUUUAUAUAGUGUCUUUUGCUGAGUAGCUUCAAUGCUUUUCUUUUUGUAUUUCAUUUUUUUUCCAAUUAAAGUGUAAACUAAUUCAAUGUUUAUUGUGUUUUGUCUUAGAGAUUACUGUAGAUGAUUGACAAAUCAUCAAUGUAAUCUUGAUCGAAAUUCAUUGAGUAGAUUUUCUGACCUUUGCACUCA